AUGAACAGCCAGAACCUUGGCCCUGUAGUAUACGAUCGAGACCGCGAGAUGGAAGAACGACACCGAGCUUUACAGCAACGUGAGGAGAUGGCCCGUCGGGACCAAGAGAGAGAACGUGAACAGCGCGAUAGAGAGCGCGAUCGAGAUCGAGAGUCCAACGACCGGUACCAAUCUACACCUCACCAUAGCAGCGCCGGCUCCAUUCCCAUUCACCAGCCGGUCGCGUCGCGGAUCUCUGGCGCAAUUCAUAGUCCCGGUGGACUUCUUGCGAACCACAACGGAAAUCCUCAAAUUCCUCUCGGUAACCCACCAGGUCCUCCCCUGGCCGCCUUCGGAGGGCCACUCCAGAGCGAGCACAGCCGACCGGUCCAACACGGUGGACCAAAUAAUAGCAAUACACAACCACAAAUGUUCGCGCCGAUGCCGCACGGUGGACCGCCGACAUCGACACAAGCUGCUGCCAACAGUGUCGCGGCCGUGUUUGGCGGUCCUUUGCAGCAACAGCCUUCGGAAGGCCAGCGUGGGGGCCAGCAGGGCGCGCCGUUCAACCCAGCUACUGUAUCGGCAGCUCAUCAGCUUCCUGGUGGAAUUACCCAGGGGCAGCAGCCUAUUCUAAAUAUAUCCUCCAACAUGGAGCCUCAUGCUCUCCUGGCCAGUCUUCCGGCGAACCCAGGCGACCUUGUUGGUAUCUUCAACCAUGAAGGAGAAGGCAUGGCGCUUCUCCAUGGACAAGAAUCCGGCGUACCUUUAUUCUAUUUCACUCUCAUUGAUGCCCUCACCUACCUUGAUCAGGUCAAAGUCCAGUUCCAUGACCAGCCAGACGUCUAUAACCGUUUCUUGGAUAUCAUGAAAGACUUUAAAAGCCAGGCUAUUGACACACCGGGGGUUAUCAACCGAGUAUCUGAGCUCUUCGCUGGGCAUCCAAACCUGAUUCAAGGGUUCAACACCUUUUUACCUCCCGGUUACCGUAUCGAGUGCGGCGCUGGUAACGAUCCGAACACAAUACGAGUCACCACACCUAUGGGUACCACGGUUCAAUCUAUCACAGGACGUGGAAACCAGGGCGAUGGUCACGGUCCUGCCACAGCUAGUCAGCCCUUGUUCCCCGAACGAGGUGGCCAGUGGCAGCAACAGAGACCGCAGCAUAGCAUCGAGAGCCCGGAGGCACAGUUUAGUACGCCUGUCCAGAAUGGUGCAAGCCUAUUUGUUCAAGCUGCAGCCCACAAUGCUGCUUUCAACGAGAGCAACAACUCGGGGCAGCGACGUGCUCUGCCUCAGGGCAGCACAGGUCCUGGGGAGGGGCCAAAUGCGCGCCAGGCCUUGACACCCACUCCUUCUGGACAAGCUGGAGUAAACGGCAAUGCAGCGAAUCAGGCAAACAUGGAACGGCGGGGGCCAGUUGAAUUCAACCAUGCUAUCAGCUAUGUGAAUAAAAUCAAGAACCGGUUCCAGGACAAGCCUGAGAUCUACAAACAAUUCCUUGAAAUUCUUCAAACCUACCAGCGCGAACAAAAGCCUAUCCAGGACGUAUAUGCACAGGUUACCACCUUGUUCAACUCGGCUCCUGACCUACUCGAAGAUUUCAAGCAAUUUCUGCCAGAAUCAGCUGGACAGGCAAAGCAGACUCCCAGUCGUAUGGACGAUGGACCCCCAUCUGGACCCAAUCAGACACCGCAGCCUGCUACGAGAGAUGGACAAAAGAUGCCUCCUCUAGGUAGCUUUGCGCCUCCUGCUAGCGCUACUAAAGACAACAAGAAGCGACCCCGAGCCGACAAGCAAGCUGCUCAGCCUGCAACCGCUCUUGCAGAUGCGACCUUGAUUACACGGAAUCUCCCUCCUAUUGCGAAUGGUCACAAGAGGCCUAAACUCAACCAUGCCAGACCAGGAGGUGACAACUCAGCAGUUGAGCCAACUCUCACGCCGGUUAUGCCAGAGCCCUACCCUGCUAAACCCUCCUCGACAUCUAGUCAAGAGGAGAUUGCCUUCUUUGAGCGCGUUAAGAAGUUCCUUAGUAACCGAUCUACGAUGAACGAGUUCUUGAAACUUUGCAAUCUCUUCAGUCAGAACAUCAUCGAUCGAAACACAUUAUUUCACAAGGGCGUGUUGUUCAUCGGCGCGAACCCUGACUUGCUGAACUUCUGGAAGACCUUUGUUGGCGUCGAUACUCAAGAUGUCGUCAUCGACAAUCGCCCUGCGCCUCCGACAGAGAAGGUGUCUCUCAGCAACUGUCGUGGGUAUGGACCUAGUUAUCGAUUACUUCCCAAGCGAGAGCGCCUCAAACCCUGCAGCGGCCGAGACGAGCUCUGCAACUCUGUUCUCAAUGAUGAGUGGGCUUCACACCCUACGUGGGCGUCGGAGGACAGCGGAUUCGUUGCUCAUAGGAAGAACCAGUUUGAGGAAGGCCUGCACCGCAUCGAGGAAGAGCGCCACGAUUAUGACUUCAACAUUGAAGCUAACAUCAAGUGCAUCCAGCUCCUGGAGCCUAUUGCGCAAAAUAUGCUCGCCAUGUCUGCUGCUGAGAGGGAAACAUUCCAGAUGCCUGUUGCACUUGCUGGACAAAGCACGUCUAUCUUCAAGCGAAUCUGCAAGAAGAUCUAUGGUGAUCGCGGUAUCGAUGUUGUUAAUGACAUGUUCACCCAUCCCUUCGACGUGGUGCCUGUCCUACUGGCUCGCAUGAAGCAGAAGGAUGAGGAGUGGCGGUUCUCCCAGCGAGAAUGGGAGAAGGUGUGGCAUGCCCAGACUGAGAACAUGCAUCUCAAGAGUCUGGACCACAUGGGCAUCCUUGUCAAGCAAAACGACAAGAGGCACUUAACUGCAAAGCACUUGGUCGACGUCAUCAAGACAAAGCAUGAGGAACAGCGUCGCGAGCGAUCAUUGAAGGGUGAUGUCCCUCGACAUCAGUUCAGCUGGGACUUUAGCGACAAGGAUACAAUCAUUGAUCUACUGCGCCUCAUGAUGCUGUACAGUUUACAUAAUGGCCAGCACAGCAGCCAGGAAAAGGAACGCAUUCUGGAAUUUUUUGAGUCCUUCAUCCCUGCCUUCUUCGAUAUUCCCGAAGAGAACAUCCAGGAUAAGCUUCCCAAGAUGCAGCCCGAUUCUGGCGAGGACGAGAUGGAGGAUCACACGCCUGCAGAGCUGACCAAUGGUCGCAGCCGACGUAACGGUCGAAAAGGAGAUCUACUUAGAGGAGUUCUUGAUCCUGGCCGUAACGGUAGCAAACCCCGCGGGCACAAGGAAGACAGCACCCCUGGAAGCAAAGAGACGACGCCUGAUGUUACUUCGGCGAACGAAGAGGAGAUGCCCGAUGCUUCCGAUGACGUUACCAACACUGACGUUUCCAACGAACGCUGGAUCCCUAAUAUCCCCAAACCCGUUGUUGUUGGUCAGAGCGAAGAGCUCCUGAACACUGAAGGCGAGUUGAAGGCCGAUGGAUUCUUCACACGACCGUGGUACAACUUCUUCUGCAACCAGACCCUGUUUGUCUUCUUCAGUAUCUUCCAAACUCUAUAUCGACGUCUCCAAGAUCUCAAAGAGGCAAAGGAGGUUGUGGCUAAGGAGGUCGAGCGCCUCAACAAACAGAAGCCUGCCCGGGAUAUUGGGUUUACUGAGAACCACAUGAAGUUCUUUGACCCCAACGAUGACCCAGACAGUUACUGGCCGAAGACCCUUGAGCUCAUUGAGGAGUAUAUUUCUGGUGACGUUGACGAGAGUCGAUACCAGGAUGUGAUGCGACACUAUUACCUCAAAACUGGAUGGAAGGUGUACACAAUCCAGGACCUGCUCAAGACCCUCUGCCGUCUGGCCCUUACCUGUAGUAGCACAGAUGUCAAGGAGAAGACUCCUGACCUCAUUGCUCAAUACCAGGCCAACCGUGAGCGAGAGGAAACAAGUUACCAGACAGAGAUUAGCGCCCGAAAGUUCGCUGAGAAAUGUGUUAAGGAUGGUGAUAUUUUCGUGAUAUGCUGGUUUCCCUCCAAGUCUGAGGCGACCGUGCGAUGGCUUCAACGCGAAGAAACAACGUUCUACAUGGACGAGAUGCAACUCCGUGAGCGCUGGCAGUAUUACAUCUCAUCCUUUAUUCGCGUUGAGCCCACCGAGGGAGUACCUAGAUCGAAGCUCCAGAAGGUCGUGCUCUCUCGUAACCUUCCCUCACCCGACGUCGAUGCAGACGAGGAUUCAAUUCCUAAGGCCGUCUCGUAUAAGGAGAACCUGACCAUUAGUAUUUGUCUUAAGAGUUCAAAGAUGAUAUGGGCUCCAGGAACUUCCGAAUACGUCGUGUAUGAUCAAGGCCCUAAGUCGGCAGAACAGCGUGAACGUCGCGACAAGUUCAUCCGCGCCCUUAGCGCCCAUCGAGAGAACAAACUUCUCGAGAAGUGGGUGCACAAUCCUGCAUGGACCAAGGACCUGAGUCCAGAGGAGGUUCAAGAGCAAAAUAAGAACUUCCGCAAGUGGAUGGACGACGGUGUCGUUCCGCCCAGCGCUGCUGAAGACGUGGAGAUGGAUUAG